AUGACCCUAGCACCAUAUAAGGGAGUCGGGGAUCCUAAAGUUCAUGUCAUGAAAUUCGAGUCCAUGAUGUUCCUCAACAGGUCUAUAACUAGCUUUGAUGAGUUCGCCAAGAUGUUUAUCAAUCAUUUUGCAACAUCUAAAAUUUAUGUGAGGGACUCAGAUUACCUCAACACAAUCAAGCAAGGGCAACAUGAGAGCUCGAAGGAUUACAUGACAUGUUUCACCACAGCGGCCAUGGAAAUCCCCAACCUUAACCCAGAAGAAGCUAUAGCUGUAGCAAAGCCAAAAACACUGGAGGAAUUCCGAGACAAGGCCAUGAGACAAAUUGAGAUAGAAGAGUUACGUGAAACACGAAGAAAUGAAAGACCAUCAUCUCGGAAGGAAGACGACAGGCCGAGCAGGUUUAACAUAAGAAGAGAAGACAUCAUCAAAGAAAUACUGCACAACAGACUCAUAAAGCCACCAGUCAAGGCGGGAACAUACCAAGAUCAGAAAUACGUGGACAAAAGCAAACAUUGUGCGGUCCACCAAAAGUUCGGCCAUACCACUGAUGAAUGCAUAGUGGCCAAGGACUUACUAGAGAUAUUAGCAAGGCAGGGACUACUGGACAAAUACAUCAGCCUCAAGAAUCGCAAGAAGCCAGCCGAAGACCUACACAAGCCUAAAUUCACAUCCGAGCACAAAAAAAGGAAAUUGGCGCGACCCAAUAGAAACCCCCGCUUCUAA